AUGACGCUAUUGGACACUUCUGCGCCUCCCAGCGCGUACUGGCCUUGCACUGUCAGCCCUCAGAACACGGCUCGGCCUGAUGGGAGUCAUGGGUCAAUGGCUUUCAGUAACGCUCCAGAGCAGCAACACGGCUCGAUACUUGACACGAGUAUCUACGUCAACCCUGCCGCCUUACAGUUGACGACCACGGCACCUCCCCAAGACGGGCACAUAAAACCAGAUACACUCCAAUGGGGGCGCCUCCCCGGCCUCGACCGGAAGCGUCGAGCACCGGCCUGGGCAGUUACGAGGGUUACCCGCACCACUGAGGCAUCGAAGACUGAGAACGUGCCAGCAGCAAUUACAGAUGAUGACCACCUGGCGCUUCCCAUAUUAUCAACACGCUCAACCACGGGGAGGUUUGGCAGGACAUCCAAACAGGCAAAGCACCGGCGGAACCAUUAUCCCGCACCACGCGGGCCUGCAGAGAGGCGUAAUGGCUCAGACAAGAAAUGGCCAAAUAAGCCACUAUCCGUCGAGUAUUCGAAAUCCAUUGAAUCGAAGGUCUACAAUGCCGCGAGUUACUCUACCUCCUAUCAGAAAGCAGUUGCCCGACAUGUUUCCGGCACAAACAGAGCAGCUAGAGACGGAUUCAGCGAUAGUGCAAGGAAAAGAGUAGAGAACAUGACGUACCGUGUAUACAAUGGCCGAUCGUCUCUAUUGUGUGACAAUACUAUAUGUAUCGUCAGUGAAGUCUUCAAGCUUGGCCUCCCGUCAUCAAAGACCCCGAUACAGAUUCUGGAUCCCGUGCGGUUUGACGUCGAUGGAGAAAAGAUCCCGUCCAAACUAAAGAACAUCCCGAAGCCGGGCGAUGAGAUAUAUAUCCCCUUACAUCACAAGAGUUCCGGCCACUGGACGCUCUGCGUUUUGGUAUCCGAAUCUGACUAUGAAGCUGAUUCCGGAUCCAAGUCUGUUCGCUUAGACUUCUACGACUUUUGGAAGAUGCAGCACGUUCGGAGCAAGUAA